AUGGCCCUCCCUCACACAAAGUUGGCGGCCCUGCUAGGUUUCCUAGGCGUGUCCCAGCUCGCGUCGCCCGCCCUCGCCGGCGCGCCCAAGACGUGCGCCAGCACUGGGGCGGCGGCGCAGCUCUCGUGCCACAACACGACGGCCGUGACCGACACGUGCUGCUUCAACUCGCCGGGCGGGUCGCUGCUACAAACACAAUUCUGGGACACGGCGCCCGCCGUCGGCCCGGCCGACUCGUGGACCAUCCACGGCCUGUGGCCUGAUCACUGCGACGGCACAUACGACUCGACCUGCGACAGCAAGCGCGCCUACACCAACAUCUCGGCCAUCCUGACCGCCGCCGGCGACGGGGACCUGUUGGAUUACAUGAAGACUUGUAUCACUGGGGAGGAGUUCUGGGAGCACGAAUGGGGCAAGCACGGCACCUGCGUCUCAACCCUGGCGCCCGCCUGCUUCACCAGCUACCAGCCCACAGAGGAAGUGCCCUACUUCUUCAACCUAACCGUCAGCCUCUUCAAGUCGCUGCCGACCUACGAGUGGCUCGCAGCGGCUGGCAUCACGCCCAGCAGCACCAAGACCUACACGCUCGCCGCCAUUCAGGCCGCGCUAUCCAAGAACCACGGCGGCGAGGAGGUCUACAUCGGCUGCACUUCUAGUGCUGUCGAGCAAGUAUAUUACUACUUCAACGUCCGCGGCAAUGCCAUCACGGGCGAGUGGGUGCCCGCUAGUCCCGAUAGUAGUGAUGACGGCGGAUGUCCGAGCACGGGGGUGAAGUACCUGCCCAAGGGCACGGGCACCACGCCACCGACCACGACAACGACCACUACCGGGGGUCCGUCGCCCACGGCCACAGGCGGCGUGUUCGCCGGCAAGGGCUACCUCAAUGCCGUCACGGGCGGAUCUACCAAGGGCUGUCUGAUCUCGGGCGGGACGUGGUACACGACUGGCACGUGCGCGACCUUCACCGCGACAUCCUCGGGCAGCGGGUUCUCGCUCAGCACGAGCAAGGGCGACUGCUCGGCGGCGUCGGGGUCGCUGACGUGCGCGUCGAGCGUCGAGUCCCCGGGCGUGUUCGCGGCGGAGGGGUCGGCCCUGCUGAAUUCGGCUGCGGGUGCGGACGACUGGUUUGCGGACUCGGUGCCGAGCGGGUCGACGCAGGGGACGGUUUAUGCGGCCGAGGGCAGCCAUGGGACUACGUUGCAGCUGCAGUGGCAGAGCGUGUAG